AUGGGGGAUCACUCUACGGACGCAAUAGAUAUUCACUCCGACGACGAGCGGAAACCUUCACUAUCCGCCUUGGAUACUGAUGAGCAGGUCCCUCGUCGGACAGUUAAGAUCAACCCGAUACCGGAAUUCGGUCCUAAGCAACCGAUGCCCGAGCAUCUCGUUGACAUCCUCGAAGAAUGGCAUAAGGAGAAUGGUCGUAAGCCCCCGCGGUGCGCAUAUGCAAACAACAAAGGAACGUACAAGUGGAAGGUCUUUGACCGGGAGGGCAAGGAGUUGGAACUUUCAAAAUUCGAUAUCCUCUCUCCGUGUGCGUACUCGGUCCUCGUGCUGCAUUCGCCUGACUUCCCACAGAAGCUGGUCAGAAGCCGUUGGCCGCACUACAGGAAGCACGGAAGUUUCCUGAUCGCGUGGCAGGGUGUGGCCAAAGGAUUCGACGCCAAAUGCUGCGCCAUUCGUGUUUUUGCUCCGAAACUGGAGGAGAUCCCCUACUCUCAGGAUGUCUGGAAAAUCACAAUCCCCGAUCUGGAUAAAGAGGGUGAGGGUAUCAAGAAGAGGCCCCUGCCAGUAGCCACGGCUCCAUCUCAGUCGCGCAUACGGAACCAGGGACAAGAGCGGGAAUGA